GCAACUGUACCUUAGCACGUAGCUAGUGUUAGAAUUUUCAAAGAGGUAGUACAUUGUAUUAUCAAAGGAGCGUAUUUCAUCAGUAAGACUUCUGCUACAGAAAGAGAAUAAAAAGUAACUAAACACAAUCCAGUCGUCAAUGAAAAUGUUGAAUAAGGCCGAGUACCUUUUUUUCGCAGCUGUAUUGCUGCAUUGUGUAAAAUUUGGUCAGCAAUCUUCACAAAAUGCAUCUGCCACAAAUCCGUCCAGCAUUUCGACAUCACACAGCUAUGCAUCAAACAUGGUGACAUCAUCCGGACAUGCAUCAAACAUGGUGACAUCAUCCGGACAUGCAUCAAACAUGGUGACAUCAUCCGGCCAUGCAUCUAACAUGGUGACAUCAUCCGGCCAUGCAGUGAACAUGGUGACAUCAUCAGGCUAUGCAGCUAACAUGGUGACAUCAUCAGGCUAUGCAGCUAACAUGGUGACAUCAUCAGGCUAUGCAGCUAACAUGGUGACAUCAUCAGGCUAUGCAGCUAACAUGGUGACAUCAUCAAACUAUGCAGCUAACAUGGCGACACCAUCAGGCCAUGCAGUUAACAUGGUGACAUCAUCCGGCCAUGCAGCUAACAUGGUGACAUCAUCCAGCAAUGCAGCCAACAUGGUGACAUCAUCCGCCAUGCAGUUAACAUGGUGACAUCACCCAACCAUGCAGCCAACAUGGUGACAUCAUCCGGCCAUGCAGCUAACAUGGUGACAUCAUCCGGCCAUGCAGCUAACAUGGUGACAUCAUCCGGCCAUGCAGCUAACAUGGUGACAUUAUCCGGCCAUGCAGUUAACAUAGUGACAUCAUCCCGCCAUGCAGUUAACAUGGUGACAUCAUCCGGUGUAAAUGUCAGCAAUAAAACAACAUCAGCCUAUAUUGCCGCUAGUCUGACUGCUACUUUGCCAACCCCUUCUUUAAAGUCUACAACACAGUCAACGCAAUCUCAAGUUACAAAUACCACGAAUAACACGCAAGUCUUACAACCAGCAGUGUCGAGAAAUAGCAUUGAGCCAUCGAAAUCAGGAAACAACCAAUCUGUUGCGAAGUCUUCGCGGGUGGUUGACAAGUCAGUUUCGUGUUACUCGUGUGUAUAUAAUGCAUCGGGUGUAUGCAAUAAACAAAGGAAAACAUGCCAGGAACCUAAUGCAACCUGUUUUCAUUUGGAAGUGGAGUAUAAGAAUAACACAUCAUUCCGCAGUAAAGGUUGUACUGCAAUCAAUGAAACGUGCUCCAAUUUUUGUGCGUCUCUCAAUCAAACUGGGCAAGUCAAGAAUUGCUCUUCAUCUUGCUGUAGUCACAGCUUGUGCAACGACAAGAGCGACAAAAACGUCAACAACGGCAAAGGUUCCGCUUUGAUUGUCCAUCUGGCUGGUUGGCUUCUUCCCUUUGCGCAAGGAUUAAUCUUUUUGAUGGUAAUUCGUUAAAAUGUAAACGCGGCUUCUUCAUUUUGACACAUUUGCACGACAAUUUAAUAGCUAUAUUAGUGACAUACCUGUAUUGUGACAUAACUGUAAUAAAUAACCGUGUGGUUUAUAUAAAUAAAACAAAAGUCGGAUGCUUUCUCUUUACGAA